CCAACAACCAACCCCCAUUUUUCAAAUGGCUUCUGUGGAAUUAGUUUUCUUGGACGAAGGGAAAAGUCAACCCUGUGCAUGGAAAGAACUGGACUGGGGAUUACACGCCUCCUUCCCGCAGAUGCCGAGUUCAGCACCAGGGACAGCGCCCUUUGAGAGUUACAGCUUCAAACACGGGCGGCCCUGCGUGGGCGGGAAAGACAUUAAGGUGUGUUGCGAUCAGCGACUGGAGACAUCUUUCGCACAUGUUGAUGAAAACGUCAACCUGCAACGGGCAAGCCCCGCGCUCUCCGACAAAAACUACACCAUCCAGUCCCACCACGGCUCUUCCAGUGACAUCAGACCCAUCCCCGAAGGGCUGCAGGAACUCUCGCUAGAGCCUGAUGAUGACAGCUCAUCCGGCAGCUCGGACACAUCAGUGGAUUACGGCUUCAUCAGCGCUCUGCUCUUCCUGUUCAGUGGGAUCACACUGGUCAUCAUCUCCUACCUGAUCCCCCGCGACGUGACUGUGAAUCCAGACAGUGUUUCAGCCCGGGAGAUGGAGAGGCUUCAAAAGGAGAGCGCCCGGGUAGGUGCUCACCUGGACAGGUGUGUCAUCGCUGGACUUGGACUCUUGACCCUGGGGGGAAUACUCCUCUCCACUUUGUUAAUGAUAUCAAUCUGUAAAGGUGAAUUAUACAGGAGGCAGAGGUUUGCGGCUAGUGGAAGAUCUGGCAAACUUUAUGGGUCGUUUCGCUUUCGCCUGAAAUCCCCAGGUCCCAACAGUUCCAUCCAACUUUUCCCACUGGAUGGAGAGGACUCGAUAAUUAUCGAUUAAUGGUAUUGUAUGUUGUAAUCUUCAAACAUAUUUAAUUUAUUCCUCACAUAGGUUAAUAUUCUAAAACUUUCGACUGUGAAAUAACCACAACACCCCACUCCUCUGGUCUUCUGUAAGGAAAAGUAGGAAAGACAAAACGAGUAGUCCUGAGCAAAGCUCAUCGCAUCCUCUCAUCCAGAUUGAGUGAAUAUCUCUAGACCAUGUCACUAUAUCAAUUUCUAAACUUUGAAAUGAUUCACAAUCCAAUGAUCUGCUCCACUCCCAGCAGGUGUUGAUGUUAUUCUUGUUAGUUUAUACUGUCUGGUCUGUUUUUAGGAAGACAGGAAUAGGAGGCUAUCCAAUCCCUCAAGCCUCUUCCACCACUUAAAUAGGCCAUGGCUGAUCUUUACCUCAACUCCAUUACUGCCUUUGAUCCCCAUCUCUUCAAACCCUUCCCUGAUAUUAAAAAACUCCUCGCAUUCUUGAAGAGUUCAGCUGACCCCCAGCAUCCUAAGCCUUUUAUGAGAGAGAGAGAGAGAGAGUUCCUGAUUUCCAUUGCUCUUUGUGUAAAAACGUGCUCCCUGAUCUCAAACCCAUAUGGACCUAGCUCUAAUUUGAAGGUUCUGUCCCAUUGUGUCCUGGAUUCCCCCAUCAAAGGAAAUAGUUUCUCUAUAUAAACCCUAUCAAAUCAUUUACGAAUUUCACCUCAAUUAGAUCAUCCCCCAAAUUUCUCAUUAAUUCUAAAUUCAAAUUUUGUAAGCCUUGCCUUUUUUUUAAAAAAAAGGAAAGGUUAUUUCCUCUUGUUGUCAUUUAGAAUUUUUCAUUUAUUUGUGUUUUAAAGAAAAUCAAAAAUGUUUCAUUCAUCAAGUACAUAUAACUCUGGAAGAAAAAGGAAACGCUGAGAACACACAGCAGUUGAGGGGUGGAGAGAAUCAAUGAGUUAUUUACUGUGGAUCUCCCCAAACCCCCACACAUUUACACACAUUUAACUUUGGUGCCUUGGUCUAAUCCAACUGAAAAUCAAUAAUUCUCCAACAUUUUAUGAAAUCUUGAUUUAUAUAGAAUAAAAGCCACAUGAUUACUUAGUGAUAGUAAGCCAUUUAUUGGAUAACUCUUUCAAACUCCUACAUGCGAUAUGAUGGGCCUGAUGGCCACUUUCUGAGUUGUAAGAUUCUAUAAUUCAUUUAAAAAAUUGUGAAGUCUGGUUUUCUGAGUGUAGUUUGUGCACCACUGAUUUGAGCUAUUCACAACCCCGCAAAUGUCUGUAGUACCUCUGCUGAAAUAGCUGCAGGUUAACCAUUCCAAUCCACCAGAAUUGCAACUGAUAUUAAAAGGGAUCUUGAAUACAUUUGAUUGUGUUUUCUAUACAUAUUUUACACCACUUACUCCAGAAAAGUCAUUGCUAGUUGAGCAGGACUGUACCAUCAGUGUGCCAUUUUGUUCCUAAACUGUAAUCAUACAUCACUGUUCUUUGUCACAACUAAUAUGCAAAUAAAUGUUAUCUUAAACUUACAGUAUAUAGAUUUGUUUUGAAAGAUAAAAUCCAAUUGUUCUUAAAACACAAACCAGUGACUAGGGCUGUACAUUUUUCAUGGUCUUUAAAUAAUCAAAGAAGUCAAAUUUCACUGGCAGUACACAGAAUUCAUCAAAAAAUACAAUGACAAAAAUAUGCCACUUGCAACAAGAAAAAACUUGUGCUAAAUGUCUGUUGUGUCACUCCAUUCUAGUUAGGUCAUUCUCCAGCUGGUUUGGGUUACGCUCCAUCUCAUUGCCUCUUGUGUGUCCCACUAGCUAGAGACAAUAAUUGUAGAGUGAGGGCUUUGAGGACUUUGGGUGAGUCUUGUGUGGCUUCUUUUAUGGAGAAACCUGGUUACCAACAUUUGGCUCCCUAAAAGGAGAAUUAUUCAAUAAUAAUUAAAAACAAAAUUAUGUAAGGAAUCCUCAAAACAUAAUUCACAACAUUUUCCUCCCUCUACUAAGUCUUGCUUCUUGAAGCUACUCCUCUUCCUAUUUAACCACAUUGUGUUCACUCUCCAAUUCCUUGUACAUUGUUUCUCCCCUACAGCUUGCAGCUAGUAUCCUGCAGAUUAGAUCCUCACCCAGACAUCUCAGCUCUUAGCUCAGCCUCUCAACUUUGAUGUACAGGACCUCCGUCUUCUCUAUUCCCAUGUGCCUCUUCUGCCCUGGCGCUAAGCUCCUUCCAUCAGAGGAGCUGCAACUGGACACUUACUCAACACUCCCUGGGCCCACAUCUUCUUUCUUAUGAUGGAGAUUGUUUGAGGAAUGAAACAGAUUUAAACCUGUUUGUGAUUCCUGGUCUUUGUGUCUUGGUAUCUGCAUUGGCAGAUUAACUAUACAAGCCCCUUCCACUGACACUGAAUCCAUAUAACCUGUGCAGGUUAUGAACAAUGAUUAGCUCUACCAAUUACAUUACUGUAUAAGUAUUAAAUUUAUAUUGACCUAUUUAAUGCAAGUAUUUAAUGCCUUAUUCUAAUGUAUCAUGUUUAU